UCUCAGUGUUCUGAGUGAGCUGUAGGAGAAUGACAGAAGCGGAGUUAUAUGAUGAAUACAAAGGGGUUUACGUCCCUAAUCACCUCCAUCCUCCUGAGAGCCUGAAAUACUAUGAGGACUUCACUUUCCGGCCGGACGACGUGCUUAUUGUGACAUACCCGAAGUCCGGUACGACAUGGCUGCAGGAGAUCAUACCACUGAUCUUCAGUGCCGGAGAUCUCACCCCAGUUCGGACUGUACCAAACUGGGACAGGGUACCCUGGCUGGAAGAGCAUCGAGCAGUUUUGCUGAAUCUGGAGCAGAGACCCUCGCCUCGAGCCUUUGCCACCCACUUUCACCAUUAUAUGAUGAACGAGUCAUAUUUCAAAGUGAAGCCAAAGGUCAUUUAUGUAAUGCGAAAUCCCAAGGACGUGUUCACGUCUUCCUUCCACUACUAUGCAAUGGCCUCCUACAUGGUGAAUCCAGGCACUGCAGAUGAGUUCAUGGAAAAGUUUCUCAGUGGAAAAAUAAUGUUUGGCUCAUGGUUUGAUCAUGUGAAGGGAUGGCUGAAUGCUAAAGAUCAAGAGCACAUUUUCUAUGUUGCCUAUGAGGAACUGAUACAAGAUUUGAAAGGAUCUGUCUCGAGAAUUGGCCAGUUUCUUGGAAAAUCUCUGAGUCCAGAAGUGAUUGAGAAAAUAGCCGAAAACUGCCUGUUCAAAAACAUGAGGCAGAACAAGAUGUCCAACUACUCUCUGGUCCCGGAAGAGUUCAUGGACCAGAAGAAAUCAGAGUUUCUCAGGAAAGGAGUUGUUGGAGACUGGAAGAACCUUUUCACGGAGGCCCAAACAGAGAGAUUCGAUGCUGUGUACAAAGACAAAAUGAAAGAUGUGAAGUUCAAAUUUGCUUGGGAUUAAUGGAAAUCACUAAAUCCGUAUAACGGUUGUGCCACUUGGUUAGUUUGGUUUCUUGGUUGGUAUAUGACUGUGUCUUGUUAAAUAUGGCAGUGAACAUUGCAACAGUGAUGUACAGCUUUCCCCACCAUGUUUUUCAGACCAUUAGGCCCAGAUUGUACUGUACCAUUUUUUACAAAACACAGAAAAGAGAUCAUACAGAGAUUAUAUAGGGUUUUUGUGCUUUUAGUUACAUUGUUGACACACAGACUCUGCCACUCUCGGCAGAAAUGCUCCUUUUAAUGGCAAUAAAACACUUUAAUGAAUUUAA